AUGGAAGACUUUGCGUACUCUCUGGGCACAGUUGACAACGGCGAAGUCGACGGCGAGCGACGUCGACACCUCUCUGCCUGGACGCAAGCAGCGGUUCAACGUUCGAGAAUAUCCUUCCUGAGAGGCGAUAGCCAGGAUGUUGCUGCCAUCUUGCUCCCCCCCGACUGCUCAACACCGGCUGUUGUUCGAGUCGCGUUGAAAGACGGCAUGGAUAGAUGGAAUAGUGUGGAGGGCCUGGAGACGGAUCCGUGGGUGGGAAAAGUCGACGACACUAUCAAGAUGACCAUCCAGCCUGUGUACAGUUUGGCAGACGGACGCUGCUGGAUCAUACUGUCGGCCGGUGAAGUUGAGGCGGGAACAGCCCGCAACCCGACUCUUACGAGGAUGACCUCUGCAUGGAGCCGCACCUUUGUGCGUACCAAGGGAGCGUGCCUUGUCGUCACCACGAAUGCCAUCGGCCACUUACAGGACACAGUCGCUGGAGAUUUUCAGCUUUUCGCUGUAGGAUAUGUGAAGCACCUGUUCGACCAAGUUACAAAUGCGAUGUGUGGCGACGCCGUUUCAAGAGUUCAGACUGUGGUGAGCCUACCGGAGGCUCUGGGGCUGGUUUACGGAUUGAGAAGCACUCAUCCAGGGAUUGGUAUUCGUACCCGGAGGGCGUUGAACAAAGCAUGGGCGAUGGUCGAGAGAGGAUACGAUUGGGUGACCGGGCUUCUACUAGUCCACGACAGAAGCUCAGUGGUCAUGGUUCCAGUCCCGCUUCGCAGAUGCAGUGAUCGUAUGGCCGGAGUAUACGCCACCAUUCCCGCUGUGUAUCUCCCAGUUGUGGACGAGAGGGCAACCUGGCGAGCAGAUUAUCUGUCCAUCGGUGAUGGAAAACAUGCUGUAGGGUUAUUCACCAAUGGAGGUGGACUAAAGCAGAACAGCGUGAUGAGAGGGAUUGUGGGCACGGCAGGAAGAUACAUUGGGCAGGAAGGAGGGAUUCUGGUCGUCAUGAAAGAUGCCCAGGGGCACUUGGUUGAUGUCGGAGAUGAAGACGUUGGACCGGUGUUGGCCAAACUGACAAGGUCGUUUAUGAAGAGAAUGCGAGAUGUAGAGCUGGAGUUUACCGUCGAACAACUCCGAUUACAUGUGUACGAGUACGAGUGGGGAUGGGAGAAGGAAUGCUGCGACUUAAUUCCUUAA